GAAAGCGGUUAAACUGGUUAUAAACGAAGUGCCGAAAGUUGUUUUGUUUUGGUGUUUUUGUUAUUAGAUUUUAAGACAAAAUGUGUACCCAACUAUCACCGAAAGUGCCGAGCAUCAAUCAAUUUCUAGCAAUGACUACUGCUGAAAUUCUCGAACUACCGGUGAACAAGUGCCAAUCAUCGGAGCUGUAUAAAGGAAUUGAACAUCAAAUCAACCAUCCAGUGACCAACCAAAUUCUUGCGCUCAAAUAUUUCGUGAACCGAUUCAACAGCGGUGCGGAACGACUUCAACUAUGUGACAUUGUCGUUCCGAAGCUGAAGGAAAGUCUGUGUGAGCUUCUUCAAUCGUCGCAGCUCGAUACAUUAUGUUCCGUGAUUAAUUCGGUCAAUUUAGCAAUAUGCGACACUGUCGAUUCGACUUGUGAUGGACCAAGCGAGGUACUGCAGAGCCUUGCGAUUGGCGUUUUAGAUCUGCUGCUGCAACUUUACAAACUGAUUUUUGAGAGACGUGACAAUGCAAUCGAAUCGGAACGAUUAAACAGUAUCACUGGAUGCGUCAAUGGAAUCCGCGCGAAACUGCUCGAACAUCUCAAAUCCAACGAAGCUAACUACCUGCCCGAUGAUCUUACCUACAACGAUGCCACUUUCGUCAAUCGAGUAAUCGUCCUGCUGUGUGAAAUGGCCGAAUUCGCCUUCAAAGCCGAGGAGGCAACAUUUCUAGUGGCCGUUUGGCGUUGCAUCGUUGCCAUUUGUGUCGGAAAAUUACCGAAAUCAAUCGAACGAUUGGCGGCAGAAGGCGACGAGUCGAACUGUUUCGAAUAUCUGUUGUCGGUCGUUAAGACGGGAUGCUUUUGCAUUCGGUGUGGUUUGGACGGGAUGCUUGAGGUAAGGACGGUAGGUGAAGGCGGAAUUUUUGUUUCAACGAAACACCACUUCCAGUCAUCGUCGGAGCGGACGUCAAAGCUUCACAGCAAGACGAUAGUGUUCAUCACAAACGUUUUUCAACGAUUGGCAGCAGUUUAUUCACAUGACAAGUUCAGAGGACAUCAUCACAUACUCACGACAUUGCUGACAAUGAUGAGAACAAUCCGAACACUUUCCCCAACGAACGCACUUCUCAAUCAGGGCUUAGUGUCGGGACUACAAAAGGUGUUGCUGCUGAUUUGUAAGUGCGACGAGUUUGCCGAGAGCUUUCGACGCAUAUCCUCCGACGAAUACUCGAUCGAUCUCCUCUCCGUUGGACUGGAACUUUCUAAGAAACUGUUGGGGGAUGAGGACAGCGACUCAGUGCGUUACUUCAUGAAAAAUGAACAUUCGAACGUCAUCGAUAAAAUGGUAGAGUGCCUGUCGACCGAUCCAUCGUCAAUGUUCGACCAACAUCAUAUGCACCAAAACACCAUCGAAACUUUGUCCAACAUUUUGAUCAGAUGCUCAGCACCAACGUCGUCCGUGAAUCCAGAUGUCGUUCCAGGGCUGUUGGUAACGAAGCUGCUACAGUGUAACAACAUUUCGGCGGGAUACAUUUGGAUGGCAUUGUGGAGAUCGUGGAUCGGGUGUCUAUCCGAGGAGCAGUGCUACAGUUUGAUACUGUUUUGGUCGGAAGUCAACGCAAAACAUUCAACCGUUCAGUCGAACCACUUGGCAUCGGUUCAUGUGAACGUUUUACUUCGGAAUCUGUACGAUGGUCUCUCCGGUUCGUACAGAGCGAAAGUGUCUUCCGACAAGCGCAUAUUGAGCAACAUUAAAUUCUGGACUGCAGUAGGUCUUCACCGAAGGGGCUGCGAAGCAAGGGAAGUAAUGGAUGUUCACACGAAAGUUGAUGAGUUGCUGAAGGCGUUUUUGAUCGACCGAACCGAUGCCGCAUUUUAUAAAUUAAUCGAACAUCUUCGUUUACUGGAAACGAUACCACAAUCAAAAGCCAUAUCCGUACCGACGUACCUCCUGGAGCUGUGGAACUUAAAUUUGAUCCAUCGACCAAAGACCUACUCACCGUUGAUCGUAACACUAAUCCGAAUCUCCAUGGCGUACCAACGGUGUCUCAACAACAGUCAACACUUGCAAAUUCUACGUAAACUGUCGGCAAUCGUUAACUCGUCCAGCGUCACAAUUUUUCUCCAGUUGGAAGUCCUGCACUACCUCCGGCACGUCGCUAUCAAUUACUUUAGCGUUGAGCAUCAAAGAGACAUUUUACAGCUGAUACGGCAGCUGUUCAACAAAGGUUUCGCCGAUCCGGAUCCCAUAGUCAGAAAAGCGGCGUUCAUUGCGUACGUCCGGGUGUUCAGCGAAGCAAAUAAUGAAGACUUUCAACUGGAUAAUGUAACCGGCGAUGAGAAUGUGAAAAUGGAGUUGUUCGAUUUCAUGCAGUCGAGGGGAACGAAUUCAAAGAGAUGUCGUGCCGAACUUCAAAUUAAAUUUUUGCGGGAACUGGGUUCGUGUUCUAUUCAACAUGACUGCAAUGUUGGAGUGACGACUUCACAGCCGAAUAAUGGAAGCGGGUCCGAUUGUAAUUCCGAUGACAUUCGAACGAAGGAAAUAAUCGAUCGGAUGGCAGACGAUGCUAAGGAAUUGAUAGCGUUGAAUCGCAGGAUUAGAUUGACCGAUGACUUUUGUAAAAGGAUUGCAAGCAUUCGGCAAGAAUUGGCGUUGCUCGAAUAAAACCGAAUCGAAGGAA